AUGUCGUCUUCUUCAUCCCUAUCAAUUCAAAGGACAAAAACAUACUCCAAACGCUCAAGAUCACAUGUACCAACGGAUACAUCGCGCUCUACUCCAGCCACGCCUUCCAAGAAAAGAAAGCGGACUUCUGAUGACGAGAAUGACGAUUCUAAGGGUGAAAACCGCGUUUUUAAGCGAGCUAACACCUUUAAAACCGCAUACACCUCCAUAAAAAAGGGUGUUUCUAAUGUCAAACCAUCACACACCACGCGGAAGCCUCUCCAGCAGUUAGUGCUUGCCUUCUCUGCUGCACCUUCCCUCGUGUCUUGCCCCCUGUGUGACCUCUCCUACACGCGUGGAGCCCCAGACGACGAAGACCUACACAAGAUUCACUGUCCUCGUGUCAUGCGUGGAACUGAAUGGGGUAGGGAAGAAGAGCGGGAGGCUCUCAAGGCCAAUGUGUCUAUUAUAGAGUCUCGCAUCGAGCUUUCGAACGGUCAACAUGGGAGAAUUAUCUCAAUACCAGGAUCAACCACAGGAAAAAUUGGAUCCAAG